AUGUUGGCACUUCGCGACGCCCACGCGCGUGGUGCGACGCGUGUCAGCAUUGGGGGACAGCACCUCCUCACAGGCGGUGCGGACGGGGUUGUUUCGCUGUAUUCGACAAAGCAGUGGCCCAAGGGGGCGGCGCUGUGGUCUUUCAGAUGCCAUGACGGGGCUGUCACCGAUGUUAUACUCGCCGACACGCUCGAGCUGGCACUCAGUUGCGGCCGCGAUGGUUGCAUACUGCUGCACGAGAGCAUCUUGGACAGCGCAGAGCUUGUCUCUCGUGUCAUAUGCCGGGUCACAGGUGAGGUACGCUGCCUGGACAUGGACGUCGAGAGGCGCCGGCUGUACAUCGCGGGAGACUCGCUGCGGUGCCUGGACAUGUCGCAGGACAAGUUUCAAAUUCGCACGAUUCCGUUGGUGGUGCCCUUCCCGCUGGUGUCGCUGGCGGUGUCGCCGUGUGGUCGAUACAUCGCCAUGGCCAGCGCGUCCGGGGAGCUCGGCGUGGUGCGGCCACACGCCACGACAUCGGCGGAGGCGAGCACUGCGCCGACGGUUUCGUUUGUUUUCCGCUCCGUCCUCUCGCCCGCCGCACAGAAAGAGGACACUGCGAUGUACCGCAUGUCGUGGUGCGGCACCACUGCAGGCGGGCUCAUGCUGAUGGUGCCUACCUUCACAGAGGUGCGAGUCUACGUGCUGGAGGACGGUCAGAGCGACGGCAGCCUCUCCGCACCGCGCCUGCAUGCCGUUGGCGGGCUGCAUGAUGGGGACUUUACGGACCUGCACGGUGCGCUUGCCUAUCGAAUCACGAAGACCCAAGUGGCCUGCCUACUGGUCACGCGUGAUGGGCUUUUCAUUGGCAAGGCACAUAUCAAGACCUUAGCCAUGUCGCGCCAUACAUCGGAGCGAUACAACACUUUGUCUCCCUCUACCCCGGGUAGUGAACUCACCAUGCUCGUGGCAACGGGAGUCGAGGCCCAAGGCAGCGCAGCCGCCGUCACCGAUGUGCAGGUGAAUCCGGCGAGUGGGGACGUCGUUGUGGGGCUCGCCGACGGGCGCGUUUCAUUGCUGCGUCGAGCGUCGCCAAAGGCGUGGAACGCAGCCACGUCAGUUGAUUCAUCGGCCGCAGCGAACGAGGGUGGCACCGAUGAGGGUGCUAAGAGCGCCGCAGAGGAGGAUGAUAAGGCGAAAGUCGCCAAUCGGAAGUUGCGCCAGGACCGCCGUGCGGAUAAGAAGAGUGUGUACGCUGGACCCGCGAAGGGCGGCGACCAUGGCUUCAUCGACGAUGGCAGCGAUGACGGCACGCUCUCUGAAUCCUCCGUCGACUCCACCUCCACGGCAUCCUCGGUCAGCGGCGUUGUUUCAGAGGACUUUGGGAAGGUUGUGUCGGACCUGCAGCGCAACGGCGCCUCUCUGCAUGGAAACGAUGGUGAACGACCCUCUCGCUGGCGCGAUGAUGAGAGAGCGGCACUGGCGCACGCCAACCGUGAGGCGGAACGGCAACGGGGCCGUAGUCGUUUUCUCGAUGACGAGGCUGAGGAGGGAACACCCAGUGACGACGGAGACGAGAUUGGCGACGGUACUGCCAUGAGGGUACGAGGGCAGGCACGUGCUGCCUACGACGAGGAGGGCCACUACAGUCACGACGACGAUGUGUCCAUGGCGGGCCACGCAGAAGACAACGGCGACUUUGCGAAUACCUCUUCGAGCCGCCAGCGCGGCUCGGCGCUGCCGCUCAGCCGUGGACUCGCGGUGCAGGACUAUUCCUUUCAAAUUGGCGCCACCCCAGCUGGGGAGGAGGGCACCUGCUAUCUCGCUUACAACUCUGUCGGGUACAUCCAUUGCAGCCGCGAAGUCACCACAGUCCACUUCCACGACAUUUCGCAUCCUGCAGUGCGCGUGCAGCUGCGGGAUACCAUCGUGAUGGGGGCACUAAGUCCUGUCGGCGCCGCCUUCAUCGUUGUCCCGGCUGAUCCCACCGAGGCGCAGGGCAGCGUGGACGAGGCUCCACGGCUCUCCGUCUUCUACCACGCCUUCAUGCCUCUUGGCGCGCAGUCGGAGUGGCGUGUGGCGCUGCUGCCGGGCGAGACGGUGCGGUGCAUGACUGCUGGUAUCCGCUAUGUCGCGGUCGCCACAAGCCACUACCUGCGCAUCUUCUCCCUCUCUGGACUGGAGUUGGCGGUACUCAGCAAAUGCCAGCGCAUCGUGACGAUGGUCGGCACCUCGUCGCGUAAGCUGAUGAGCAGUUUCAAGGCCGACUUCGACCCAUUGGCCAUCAUCACCCUCACCGGUACCGGCGAGCUGCAGAUGGAGGUAAUCGACGUCGGAGCACGUACUUCGGCGCUGCCGCCGCGCACGGUGCCCCUCACGGAGCUGCCGGACGGCUCAACCCAUCAGUUGCAGUGGCUUGGCUGGUCAGAGGACGGUCUGCUGCAUGUCGUGGACACCGCUGGUGUGGUGCGCAUGUUCACGGAGGAUUGGGGUGGAUCGUGGGUCCCCGUGUACGACCCCCGCACGCUGGUCGACCAGUCGUACGCGCUGUGGGUGUACGGCAUCAGCGAGAAUGCACUGCUGGCCUACCGCUACUCCCGCGACGACCCGUCGUACCCAGCGGCGGCGGCGAGCGGGCUGAGCACAGAACUGGUGCCGCUCUUUCUCCCCCUGACCCGCACGAUGAGUGAGGAUGGCUUGGAGCGAUGGGACAAGUUGCUUCGCCAGCAGCUGCGCUGCGACGAGCUCAAGCGGCACAGCACCUUCUACAACACAUCCAUUGCCAAGUACGACGAGGUCCACGACCACCACCUGCUCCAGUUCUUUGACAGCGCGCUCAAGAGCCAGCAAACAACGCGGGCGAUGGAGCUGGCAAUGCUGAUGGAGAUUCACGACCGCGUCGUGAAAUGUGCACAACUCGCAAACACAAACGGGCACGUGAAGUUGGUGCCAAAGUUGCUGGCGCUUUAUGACAUGCGCAUGGCGACGAAGCAGAGGCGGAAGUGCGCACUGCCCGCCAAGGAGACGCUCGUUUCGGAGAGGAAGAAGGACGAACUACUGCACAGGCUGUUGGGCCAGGGGUUGCCACAGGACACCAAGGCGAAGGCAACCAGCGGUGCUGCGGCUGCGGCACCGACACCGGUCUCCAUCGAGGUCGAGGAUGACGAAUCGAAGGAAAAGAAGACUGAAAGCCGCACGAGUCCCCUUCGUGAACGAGCUUCGCCGACAGCGUCAAACCUGUCCGCAACGUCACCCUCAGCGAUGUCAACAGCCACGACAAUGAUGACGGCGAACUCCAAGGCUUUGCCUAUCCAAGCGCGGAGGCACAUCUCGUUUGCGAAGGAAGUUGCUCUUUCACCGCCGGCGUCGCAGAGUUCACUGGACACACCUACCAGCGCUUUGUUGGCAACAAGAAGCAGCGCACCUGCACCUUCGCGCAAGGUUGUCAACCCGUUUGCCAAGCCCCUUGUAAAGUCCGCCAACGCCGCUGACGAGGUGCGGCAUGCAUCGUUGACAAGACCUCAGCAGCCGCACCAUCAGCAUCAGUCCCACCUGCAGGUGGCGACGCCUUCUACUGCGACUCAUUUGUCCACUGCACCCGCCACGGAGGGCGACACACUCGUGGGCUCGUCGUACUUACACACACCGCCACGCAUCAACGCCGUAGCGACAAGGACAAGCACCGUAGCCGUUGCUCCGGAGAAUGAUGCUGCCAUGGACGUAUCCCCAGUUGACUCAACGUCGCCAAGAUCGCGCGUAAGUGCUGGGCACAUUGCCUCUUCGCCGAGCCAUGAGGCAAGGCUUUCGCCCAGUGUGAGCGCCGGCGGCAGUGCUACGACGCCUUCACUGUCUGCCACCAUUCACAAGUCUGAUGUGCAUCGCCCAGCCACUCCGGCGCCGUCCGCUGGAUUUGUUGCCCGCGAGCUGCCGAACACGAGCGGCGCUUCCCGUGCCAGUCGCGGUGCCGUCGAUCCGUUCCUUGAAGAGUCGCCCCCAGUGUUCGCUUGUGCCUCCGACUCUGGGUGUCUGAUGGGCGCCAAUAGCAGCGCCACCGCGGCAGUGGCGGAGAUACAGGUAUCCAUACAGUCGCUGCUUGAUGCCGGACACAAUGAAACGGCUCCGGUGGUGCGCAGCGACGGCUUCGGCGAGGCACUUCGCAAGCGCUACCGUGAGGACGAGGACGAGGACGAGGAGGCCGAGGGGGCACCAAUUCCUGUGCUGCCCAAACUUUCUGUGUGA